ACUGAAUAAACUACCUAGAUGUAAGAUUAUUUGCAAUGCCCUAACAGGGUGCCAUGUGUUUUUACACUCUUUAAUGUAACAACUAUUACGUACCAUGGUUUCGCAAUAAAGAUGUCUAUACUAUUCUAAAAAAAUGUAUUAUCCUUCCACAAGUAUCGACACAAAAAACAGAAAAAGAAAGCAUUUAUGCAAUUCGUUUAUUGUCCGACGUAAACAAGACCGUAAGUAAUGAGUGCUAAGAGGAGAGUGCAUUUUAAAAAUGGUUGAUCUCUAACAGCGCUCUGUUGCUAAGUUGCUAUCGGGGAAGCCUGGUAAAAGCUAAUCUUAGAUUGCGCUCUCGAUGAUGGUAGGAACUGCUUUUGUAGGGAUUUUACAUUAGUUGCCUUCCCCAUUACAGCAAUUCCAUUUUUUACGGUAAUAAGAGUACUAUAGGACUUACUGACCCUUUCUUGCACUUAAAUGAAAGGUAAUUAAAUUUCGUAAACUUCAUUCAUUGCAAUUUAUCUUAUAGCAUGCAUGACCUGUUCUGCCGAUAUUGGGCUUAAAAUAUAUAUAGGCAAAACGAUUUUAUUUUUAAAUAAACCCUUUUUUAGGGUUCCGUAGUCAACUAGGAACCCUUAUAGUUUCGCCAUGUCAGUCUGUCUGUCUGUCUGUCUGUCCGAGGCUUUGCUCCGUGGUCGUUAGUGCUAGAAAGCUGAAAUCCGGCAUGGAUAUAUAUCAAUAAAGCCGACAAAGUCGUACAAUAAAAUCUAAAAAUUUAAUUUUUUUGAGGGUACCUCCCUUACACGUAAAGUGGGGGUGUGUUUUUUUUUGCUUCAACCCUACAGUGUGGGGUAUCGUUGGAAAGGUCUUUCAAAACUAAUAGGGGUCUUCAAAAAACAUUUUUUGAUAUAGUGAAUAUAUUCGGAGAUAAUCGCUCCGAAAGAAAAAAAAAUUGUGUCCCCCCCCUCUAACUUUUGAACCAUAGGUCCAAAAAUUAUGAAAAAAAUCGUGGAAGUAGAGCUUAAGAAAGACAUUAAAUGAAAACUAUAGCGGACAUGAUCAGUUUAGCUGUUUUUGAGUUAUCGCAAAAAGUUCCCCCUUCAUAGUAAAAAGACUUACUUUACCUAAUUAGGUACCGAUUAUGCAAAUUUGCCUAUUUGUUUAACUCGCGUGAAAGGUACCGUUUCAUCCCUUGGUUAAUUUACUAUAAUUUAAGCUCCAGUUUAGCUUAUUGUGACGGAAGAGUAACUACGGAACCCUACACUGAGCGUGGCCCGACAUGCUCUUGGCCGGUUUUUUAAAGCCUCAUAUCUCAGGAACUAUGCACAGCGCCAUAAAUGAGCUAACAUUUUUUCAAAUUUAAUUUACUUUCAACAUUUCAUAGCAAGUUUUGACCAAAAACCCAUAGUUAAAAUAAUUACGCAGGGAGCACCAUUUUACGGUACGAGAAAAAAGCUGAUUUUUAAUUAUAUUAUCACCUCAACAGCUCGAACAAGCCUACUUUCGUCACUCCAGGGAGUGAGACAAAGUAGCUUUUUAAUUUAAUGAAGGCUAUGAAUACAGGAAUAUUUCUAGAAGCUUUCGUCAUAAAGAUGAUGCCUUUCAUUCAUGAACGUAAAUAAAUGUGGUUAACUUUACUUGAUGUUGAAUUUUUUAAACCUUUUACAUAUAUGUUCUCACUACUGAGGUGAAAAGUUGUAUGUGUCACACGAGAGCAAAGUUAUUUUACAUCUCGUGUUUUUGAGUCUUUCGCUUACUCGGGACUCAAAAUCAACACUGGCAAGAAAAACCAACUUACCUCUCAUGUUGCACAAAUAACUAUUUAAAUCUUAAUCAGAUAGGACGGACUACACAGCAUGUUAAACUAAUAACAGUUUUUUUUAGUGUAAGUUAAUGAAUACUAUCCGUCCAUCUCCAUAUCCGGAGCAUAGCCCUACUUAAAAAAAUUAAAGCAAGUGCGCGCUGAAACGUACUCCUUGUAUUAUAAAUAAGUUUCACAAUCGAAGUGAAAAGAAGCGAUAAGUGAUAAUGUGAUUGCAGCGAUUCUGUACACCAUACUCAUUUCACGUAUUCAGAAAGAGAACAUGUGAAACAAUUUCAAUUGCACUUAAGUCAUUUGCUACUAAUGCGGUAGAUAGAUAUCCACUUAGGUAGUUGUAUCGUUAUAAACUUUAACGUCAACCUCUUUUCAGUAAACUUAUUAAAUAAUUCAGUAGGGGCACAGGUCGUGGUAUAAUGGAGUAUUAUUGAUUCCAAGUCACAUUGUUCAUGUGGCAGUGCUCGCGCGACACCCGAAGUGAUUGGGUACCGUAACCAUGUAUCAGGAAACCGAUGGAGUCACCUCCAAGAUCGAGAAGAACAAAUUCGAGUCUUCUAUCAGUGAGCUGAAGAAGAAGGCGUUUGUGUCUGCUGCUGACAUAGAGAGCUAUGGGGAGAGCGGUGUGACGGAGAAAUAUCAAACAGCGUACCAUCGCUCCCUAGUGGAUCCCGAGGGAUUCUGGGCCGACGUGGCAAAAGAGAUUGAGUGGGCUAAGCCUUGGGACAAGGUUCUGGAUCACUCCAAUCCUCCAUUUACAAAAUGGUGGGUUGGCGGCGAGUUGUCCGUCUGUCACAACGCUAUCGACCGGCAUGUGGAGAAAGGCCAAGGCGACAGCGUAGCCCUGGUACACGACUCCCCGCUCACGGACACAGUGAGGCGCAUUACGUACAGUGAGAUGAUGGACCAGGUAUCUCGCUUAGCCGGGCAACUGUCGGAGCUAGGAGUGACGCGAGGGUCCCGCGUCCUGAUCUACAUGCCACUGAUCCCAGAGGCAGUCAUCGCUAUGUUGGCGACCAACCGCAUCGGAGGCAUCCAUUCUGUGGUAUUCGGAGGAUUUGCGGCUAGAGAGUUGAGAACAAGAAUUGAGCACGCGGAACCCACUGUUAUUAUUGCAGCCAGUUGUGGAGUUGAACCAAAUAAAAUUGUUAGAUACAAAGAUAUCUUAGACGAGGCACUAUGUCAAAGCUCACACCAGCCCUUGAAGUGCAUUAUUUACCAGCGGCGAAGAGUUCUUGAGUGUUCUCUUGAAAAAGGCAGGGACAUGUGCUGGAAAGAGGCACUUGAAGGCGAACCAGUGCCAUGCGUGCCUGUGGAGGCAAAUGAACCCUUAUACAUCCUGUAUACUUCUGGAACUACUGAUGCUCCAAAAGGUGUCCAACGCCCAUGUAGCCAUGCAGUUACGCUUUGUUGGUCCAUGAGCACGAUAUAUGGCUUAAAAAAAGGUGUUUGGUGGGCGGCUUCUGACCUUGGUUGGGUAGUAGGUCAUUCAUAUAUAUGUUACGGCCCCCUACUUGCCGGUCUGACUACUGUUUUGUACGAAGGCAAGCCGGAUCGGACACCCGAUCCAGGACAGUAUUUCAGGAUAAUAGAACAGCAUCGAGUAAAUGCGUUAUUUACAAUCCCCACCGCAAUUCGUGUGCUGAAGAGGGCCGAUCCCAACGCCAAAUACGCUAGGAGAUAUUGUAGUCAGUCUUUGAAAUCAGUAUUUAUUGCCGGAGAACAUUGCGACCAAGACACACGUCAAUGGGCAGAACGCAUAUUUUCAGUGCCUGUGCUAAACCACUGGUGGCAAACAGAAACAGGGUCAGCGAUUACUGCUGCCUGUCUCGGGUAUGGCAUCAAAUCAGUACCGCCACAUUCCGCUGGAUACCCUGUUCCAGGAUACGAUAUGUAUGUUCUAAGAGAAGACGGUUCAGAAUGUCAAACGGGCGAAGUUGGUAGAUUAGUCGCAAAGCUUCCUCUGCCUCCUGGGUUUGCCUCGACACUCUGGCAAGCAGAUGACAGAUUUAAGAAGACAUACUUCGAGUCGUAUCCAGGUUACUACGACACACAAGAUGCUGGUUGGAUAAGUGCAGAAGGAGCCGUUUGGGUUGUAGCCCGUGCAGAUGACAUCAUUAACGUAGCCGGUCAUAGACUAUCGACUGCAGCUAUUGAAGAUGUUGUGCUAAAGCACGCUAGGAUAGCAGAUGCUGUUGUCGUAGGUGCCCCUGAUGCUACCAAGGGCGAUGUGCCUCUAUGCCUUUACGUGAUGAGACCACCCCAAGAUGAUGAAGAAAUAGUAGCUGAAAGUACAGUAACCCAGGAACUUAUCGCAUUAGUUCGCCAUCUGAUUGGGCCAAUAGCAGCGUUUAGGAAAGCAGUUGCAGUCCCUGCGCUACCACGGACUAGGUCUGGCAAAGCGCUUAGAGGAGCAAUUGCAAAAUUAGCUAGAUCACAAUUAGUGCGACUGCCAGCAACAAUUGAAGAUGCAAGUGUAUUUGUUGAGAUAAAAAUUGCAUUGCAAAAGUUUGGAUAUGCCAUCGAUGCACCCGAUCCUGAAGUUUAAGAAAAUACCAUGUAUCUUUCUUUCAAUCUUGAUGAUUAGAG